AUGGCCGUAGCAAAUAAUGCAAUAGCGGAAACGCUUCAUCUCCGACAAAGACUGCAAGCGAAAGACAAAUGGAAAAACAUCCGUUCUGUAUUCGUACGAAACUUAAAACCUGCUGCUAGUGGAUCAUCAACAAAAAAGAAAUACUAUUUGACAGAUUCAAUGCAGUUUGCUCUUCCUUAUAUAAAAUCUGCUGCAAUUCCAUCUGGCAGUUUGCCUAAUCCGAUUAAUCAAGACAAUGAAUCACAAGCAUCUACACCGACCGCAUCACCACCGCCCUCGGCAUCACCACCGCCCUCCGUAUCACCAUCGCCCUCGGCUUCACCACCGCCCCCGACAUCACCUACUGCAUCCUCCAGUCAACAAACUGAACGUACUCCAACCCCGUUAUCUGUCUCAACCUGGCGUAGUUCCUCUCAGCGUCAUAAGAAUAGAACGAAUGAGAAUGAUGAACUCUUCAAUGAAUAUUUGAAAACGAAAAUGAGCAAGCCAAAUGUCAAUGACGAGUCGACAAAGAAUAACGCCAACAAGAUGUUUUUGUUAAGUAUGCUGCCAGACUUAAAUUCUAUGACAUCCACACAAAUAAGAUCAUUCAAACGUCAAGUUAUAGAUGUGAUAGAUAACAUACUGAAUGUACCUACCACUUCAUCUAAGCAAACGCCGGCGCCGGCCUUAGUUCAUAUACCAAAUACUUCAAGUAUAUUAUCUUCGCAGACAUCUCCGUUUGUAGGACCCGAAAUACAACACCCAAGUAAAUCGUCCUCGCAGGUAACAACUGACAUAGAAUUACCAAUAGAAACCAAUAAUGAUAUAAUCGAAUAUACAACCGACGAUGGAGUAAAUGCAGCUACAUACAUUCAACUACUCCAAAAUACUGUAGGUGAACUUGAACACCUGCAUUUUCUAUGCAAAAUUAAUAUGGCGAAGUUACUUUUGACAGGCAAUUUAGAACAAUCGGGACUGAGAGAGUUUGGUGUGAAAAUGAGUAGAAAUGAGGUGGUGGAACAAAUUUAUAGGGUGCUUCACCAUUAUUAA